AUGUUGGCACGGUGUGUAAAAAACGAAUUUGCCGCCACCGUGCGUGCUCAGCGCUUGAGGACCGUUCGCAGAACAUACGCCUCUAGCUCAGAAAGCCACAGUGCUCCCAAAAAGGAAUUCGAAGUUAGCAUCACCAAGAUUUUCGGAGUCGCUGCUUUGGCUGGCGGAGUUUAUGUUUACAGAGGAAUGGACGAACGGGACGAACCCAUCGUCAAGACCGCUUUGUAUAAGGAGGUGGAGGACCGUACGCAUUUGCGGGACGAAAACUACCUCGAAAGAUACAAGGCUUCGUUCAUCAAGUCAUAUAUGAGAGACAAAGGUGGAAUAGGCCAAAGACAAUAUAGAAGACAAAGUGACGGCGCGGUUCCUUCGACGUUGAUUCCCGCCCAUUCGCCAUACGGAAACCAGUUUGGCGCAGGUAUAAAGACCGCCGAGUUGGGGCCUCGUAAGGAGCGCAUUCGGCUCUAUGCUCCAUUGGAGAACAAGUAG